AUGUCUCGCCGAAGCCAACGCCUCUCACGCUACUCCCAGGGGGAUGAUGAUGGGGGCAGCAGCAGCAGCGGGGGGAGCUCUGUGAUGGGGAGCCAGAGCACCCUAUUUAAAGACAGUCCUCUCAGGACCCUGAAGAGGAAAUCCAGCACCACCACCAAGCGCCUGUCCCCAGCACGGCAGCUGGCCCCCUCCUCCGACACACACACCUCGUACUACAGCGAGUCCAUGGUCAGGGAGAGCGCCCUGCUGGACCGCAGCUCCAUCCUCGACGACCAGCUGCACAGCGAUUCCUACUGGAGUGAGGACCUGCGGGUGAGGAGGAGGAGAGGCACCGGAGGCACGGAGAGCAGCAAGGUCAACGGACUCGGGGAGAACAAAAGCUCCGAGGACUUCCUUGCGUCCUCCUCCGGCUACUCAUCCGAGGAUGACUACAUAGACCUUAGGGAUGGGCGAGGAUGUAAGGGCCGACUGAGGAGACCCCCACUCCACAUGCCUGCAGGUUACUCAGCAGAGCAGGGCCAGCGAAGUUCAGGUUCUCGGCUAAGAAACGCCGCCUCCCGGACGGGCUCUUUCCUCUGGAUGCUGGUCACUUUUCCAGGCAGGCUCUUCGGACUGCUCUACUGGUGGCUUGGCACCACCUGGUACCGCCUGACCACGGCUGCCUCCCUUCUAGACGUCUUCGUUUUAACCAGGCGUGCCUCCUCCCUGAAGGCGUUCCUCUGGUUCCUUCUGCUGCUGCUGUUUCUCACCUGCCUGACUUACGGUGCCUGGUACUUCUACCCCUACGGGCUGCAGAUGGUCCAGCCGGCCGUGGUGUCCUGGUGGGCCGCAAAGGGCCGCAGCAGGCCGCAGGAGGGCUGGGUGCCCAACGACUCAUCCCAUUUCCAGGCCGAGCAGCGCAUCCUGUCCCGCGUGCACUCCCUGGAGCGGCGCCUAGAAGCACUGGCUGCAGAGUCCUCCUCCAACUGGCAGAAGGAGGCCCUGCGGCUGGAGCGCCUGGAGCUGAGGCAAGGCCAGGGCAGUGGCCAGAGCCAGGGCGGCGGCCUGAGCCAUGAGGACACGCUGGCACUCCUGGAGGGCAUUGUGAGCCGCCGUGAGGCCGCGCUGAAGGAGGACUUCCGCAGGGACAUGGCUGCUCGGAUCCAGGAAGAGCUGGUCACCCUGAGAGCAGAACAUCAGCAGGACUCUGAAGACCUCUUCAAGAAGAUUGUCCAGGCAUCCCAGGAAUCUGAGGCUCGUCUCCAGCAGCUGAAGUCAGAUUGGCAGAGGACGACAGAGGAAACCUUCCAGGAGAAGUCUGUGAAGGAGUUGCAGCGGCUGGAGGGCCUGCUGGCUGGCCUGCGGCAGGAGUUAGCUGCCCUGGCCCUGAAGCAGGGCUCCGUGGAGGACCGUGUGGACCAGCUGCCCCAGCAGAUCCAGGCCGCACGCGAUGAUGUGGAGUCUCAGUUCCCUGCCUGGAUCUCCCAGUUCCUUCUACGAGGUGGGGGCGCCCGCUCGGGGCUCCUUCAGGAAGAGGAGCUGGACGCCCGGCUUCGGGAGCUUGAGAGCCGCAUCCUCACCCACGUGGCGGAGACACAGGGCAAGUCGGCAAAGGAGGCCGCGGCCAGCUUGGGGCUCAGGCUGCAGGCAGAAGGUGUGACCGGGGUGACGGAGGAGCAGGUGCGCCACAUUGUAAACCAGGCCCUGAAGCGAUACAGCGAGGACCGCAUCGGGAUGGUGGACUACGCCCUGGAGUCUGGAGGGGCCAGUGUGAUUAGCACGCGCUGCUCAGAGACCUACGAGACGAAGACGGCGCUCCUCAGCCUCUUUGGCAUCCCCCUGUGGUACCACUCCCAGUCGCCCCGAGUGAUCCUCCAGCCGGAUGUCCACCCAGGCAACUGCUGGGCCUUCCAGGGCCCCCAGGGUUUCGCCGUGGUCCGCCUCUCCGCCCUCAUCCGCCCCACUGCCGUCACCUUGGAGCAUGUGCCCAAAUCCUUGUCACCCAACAGCACUAUCUCCAGUGCCCCCAGGGACUUUGCAGUCUACGGGUUUGAUGAAAACCUGCAGCAGGAGGGGAAGCUACUUGGGGAGUUCACGUAUGAUCAGGAAGGGGAGCCCAUCCAGACGUUUUAUUUCCAGGACCCCAAGAUGGCCAAGUACCAGGUGGUGGAGCUGCGGAUCCUGACCAACUGGGGCCACCCCGAGUACACCUGCAUCUACCGCUUCAGGGUGCACGGGGAGCCCGCCCACUAG